AUGACCACAAAUGGCCAAUCGAUAAUCAGAAAGACGUCCGUCGUGCACAAAGCAGUCGAUCCGUUUAUUGAUGUCGGAAAUCUUCUUCUAAUCGACAAUGGACCGUUUGCGGAAAAUGUUGAGCACACUUCAGAGGCGCUGCUAGCUCGGGCACGUGACAACGCUCAAUUUUUGUUUAACCGCAUUUGGGAGCUGGAAAAGGAACGCGUUGAAGAGGCUAUUGUUGUCACACUUCCGAAGAAACUUUACAGGAUUCCUCGAGAAAAACCAGUUCCCGAAGCUCGUGCUCCAACCAAGUGGGAACAGUUUGCCGAAGCCAAAGGAAUUGUGAAAAAGAAGAAGGACAAAAAGGCCUACGAUGAAAGUACGGGUGAAUGGAAGCCGACUUGGGGCUAUAAUCGUGGAAAAGACAACACUAAAGAUUGGCUCAUCGAAGUUCCAGGGAAUAAAGAUCCUAAUGCCGAUUACUUUGAGGAACGAGUGAAGGCUAAGAAGGAAAGAGUGGCUAAGAAUGAGACUCAACGGCUUAAAAAUAUUGCUCGACAUACCUCACAACCUGGAAAGAACAAGGGUCCGCCGGUGAACAAGGAAAUGAUUGGUGUCGGAGUUGAGCCAAUGGAGAAAAGUAAAAACGAGCUACGUGAAGCCGUUGAUCGAGCAAAAACAGCAACCGCUUCCGUGGGCAAAUUCCAGGACAAGAUCAAAGGCGAGAAACCAAACACCAAGAAAGGAAUCAAACGAAAGUUCGAAGCAAAUAUUGGCGAACGUGGAAGUGAGAAGGAACGAAACAAGAAUAUUCUUCAACGACUUGAAUCAAAGAAACCAAAGCUCGAUGAUGGGCAGUUGGCUUCUGUGGCAGGAAAUGUUGAACCAACUGAACGCAAGAAGAUGAAAGAAAAGCCCCGAAUGAAGUCACAAAUUCAUCGUCAACAAUUCUAUCAGAAAUCGGUGAAGAAUCGAAAGAGUAAGGACGAUCCACGUGCUGGCAAAGGAAAAGGAGCAAGA